AUGGCCAUCGAAGUGAGGACAAGAAGAUUUACUCCAGUGACUGAGGUUGGUGGUAAAUACCCGCAAAAGCAAAAUAUGGGCGGUAAUUGCGGCCGCAAAGCGGCGUGUGCCCCCUAA